AUGGAGUCUCGAAUACAAAUAAGUCUAUCAGAAAUAGAUUUAAGAGAUAGAGUUGUUGCAAUUUACGAUUUCUGUUUGUAUAAAAAGCCACUUGAGGGUUCGCAUGCGGCUUCACAAUUUUUUAAUGGUAUGUCGACGGAUAAGAUGAAAACAAUAACAUUAUCAGCAUUUUUAUUCAUUGAUUUCACAAAUUUGGGUGAUGAAAUGAAGCGCGUGGCUCAUCUUUAUAUUUCGUUGGAGAUUUUAAUAUGCACGAUGUUAAGUCAAGAAUGA